AUGAAGCGAUUUGUUGUAUUUUAUUUGUUUUGCUUUUGUACUUCAUUUGGGUUAGGCAAUGCCGCAAUUGAUGUGGACAGCAAAUAUUUCCAACAAUUCAAGUUAGUUUAUGGCAAACACUAUGAAACCGACAGCGAAGAGCGCAGGAGAGAAGGUGUAUUUCUAAAAAAUUUCGCGCUCAUUGAAGAACACAACCUGAACUAUACGAAGGGACUCAGCAACUUUGAGUUGGGUGUAAAUGAAUAUGCCGACUUGAGCGCAGAGGAGUUUGCUAGUUUGUUGAUUGGCAACGAGGACAUCCACGAUAUGCCAAGUGUAUUUAAGCAAGGCGCCACCUUUAUACCACCAGCCAAUGUUGAAUUUCCAGCAGCAGUGGAUUGGCGUGAAUUGGGUGCUGUAACGGAAGUCAAAAAGCAAAAUCGAUGCGGUUCUUGUUGGGCUUUUGCUGCCACUGGCGCUUUGGAGGGGCAACAUUUUCGCAAAACGUCGAAACUCAUUUCACUCUCGGAGCAGAACCUAAUAGACUGCACUAUUACUUACGGAAAUAAGGGUUGCCGUGGUGGCAAUAAGGAACGCAGCUUCUUGUAUGUGCGCGACAAUGGUGGCAUCAAUUCAGCAGCUGUGUAUCCAUAUCGCGCGCAAUUAGGGCCGGAAUGUUUGUUUGAUGCGUCUGCGAUAGUUGCGACCAGCAAAGGUUUUGUCCGACUAACACCCGAUGAUGAAUACAAUCUAUUGGCUGCUGUAGCCACGGUGGGCCCGAUUGCUGUGAAAAUCAAUUCCCAUUGUCUGCGCCAACAAUUCUAUAGGCAGGGAAUUUUUGAUGACGAUGCUUGUGGCGAAGGCCAACCAAAUCAUGCGGUACUUGUGGUUGGCUAUGGACGAGAUAAUGUGACGAAUACAGACUAUUGGAUAUUGAAGAAUUCGUGGGGUGUUAGUUGGGGCAUGGAUGGUUAUAUAAGAGUACCGCGCCAUGUCAACUAUGGGGGUAUUGCAAGGAGUGCGAGCUACCCGUUGGUGUGA